UGCUGGGCGGGCGGCAGCAGGCCGCGGGCCCCAAGCCGGGGAAAGCUAGCGAGUGGAGGCGCGGAGGAGCAGUUUCACUCGCUGGGGAGACCUAUGGGCCGAAGCCGUGUAAAUGCGUUUUAAGCAGGGGCCUCGGCUCCGCAAUUGCCACUCCUCCUCGGGGUGCUGCACAAGUUUCGAGGUCACCGGCGACCCCCCCCAGCAGCGCGCCUGGCUCUGGCCCCCGCGAAGGAGCACGGGGCUUGUGUGUUGCAUACUUUCUAAGGCGCCUGAGGCAGCGGCAGCUCCAUCCAGCCCAUCGGCUCCUCCUCGGCAUGGCUGGCUACCUGAGUGAAGCGGACUUCGUGAUGGUGGAGGAGGGCUUCAGCACCCGAGACCUGCUGGAGCAGCUCACUCUGGGGGCCUCACAGUCCACCACGGAAGAGGUCGCUGCCUUCUUUGUGGCCGACCUGGGUGCUGUAGUGAGAAAGCACUUCUGCUUUCUGAAGUGCCUGCCGCGAGUCCGACCCUUUUACGCUGUCAAGUGCAACAGCAGCCCCGGCGUGCUGAAGGUCCUGGCUGAGCUAGGACUGGGCUUCAGCUGUGCCAACAAGGCAGAGAUGGAGUUGGUCCAGCAUAUUGGUGUCCCCGCCAGUAAGAUCAUCUACGCCAACCCCUGUAAGCAAAUUGCACACAUCAAGUAUGCUGCCAAGCAUGGGGUCCGGCUGCUGAGCUUUGACAACGAGAUGGAGCUGGCAAAGGUGGUAAAAAGCCACCCCAGUGCCAAGAUGGUUCUGUGCAUUGCCACCGAUGACUCCCACUCCCGGAGCCGCCUGAGCCUCACGUUCGGAGUGUCGCUGCAAUCCUGCAGACACCUGCUUGAAGAUGCCAAGAGGAACCACGUAGAGGUGGUGGGUGUGAGUUUUCACAUUGGCAGUGGCUGUCCUGACCCUCAGGCCUACGCUCAGUCCAUCGCAGACGCCCGGCUUGUGUUUGAAAUGGGUGCUGAGCUGGGCCACAGGAUGCACAUCCUGGACCUUGGCGGCGGCUUCCCUGGAGUGGAGGGGGCCAAAGUGAGAUUCGAAGAGAUUUCUUCUGUGGUCAACUCAGCCUUGGACCUGUACUUCCCGGAGGGCUGUGGUGUGGACAUCCUUGCCAAGCUGGGGCGCUACUAUGUGACCUCGGCCUUCACCUUGGCAACCAGCAUCAUCGCCAAGAAGGAGGUUCUUCUGGAACAGCCUGGCAGGGAGGAGGAAAACGGUUCCGCCCCCAAGACCAUCCUGUACCAACUCGGUGAGGGCGAGUAUGGAAUCUUCAACUCAGUCCUGUUUGACAACACCUGCCCUACCCCCAUCCUGCAGAAGAAACCAUCCAUGGAGCAGCCCCUGUACAGCAGCAGCCUAUGGGGCCCAGUGGUCGAUGGCUGUGACUGCAUAGCUGAGGGCCUGUGGCUGCCGCAACUACAUGUAGGGGACUGGCUGGUGUUUGAGAACAUGGGCGCCUACACCGUGGGCAUGGGUUCCCUCCUCGGGGGCGCCCAGACCUGCCGCAUCACCUAUGCCAUGUCCCGGGUGGCCUGGGAAGCCCUGCGAGGGCAGCUGCUGCCUGCAGAACAGGACGAGGACGCUGAGGGCACGUGCAAGCCUCUGUCCUGUGGCUGGGAGAUCACAGACACCUUGUGCAUGGGCCCUGUCUUCACCCCAGCGAGCAUCAUCCGCUUCAACUACCCGUCACACCCCCGAGUCCCGGCGGACGCGGAUUUCCGGCGGCGUGACGUCACUUCCGUGUCAGAGAGCCUCCCAGGCUUCGAGGCCCGUCUUCUGGCGCCCUCUGCUUGAGCGGAGGAGGACUUUACCAAACAGCGAGAAGAGACAGCCGAAUCCGUUGGCUGAAGGACGGACAGACGCCGCCCGCAGCCUCCACCAGGGGAAAAUCGAACCUUCGCCGAGGGCGGGCCCCCACGAGCAAGGGGUCCCGUUGGCACACAGGAGGCAGGCAAGGGGGCGACCGUGCCCCUGCCCGGCUAGAAAGACCCUCAGUAACACCGGAACUGGGCUUCUGCCCACCAGGAGACACCCGAUGAAUUCACGCAGAAAAUCAUGGGCUUUGAAAGAAUUCCUGACUUGCAGGCUAAGGUGUUUUACGUUUUAAAAUAAUAAAGAGUACUCACUGUGUGCCAUGCCCUGCCCUCGCCCUUGACUCGCACUUUUUCGUUUAAUCCGCACUAACCUGUGAAGUGGAUUUUAUGACACAGACUCCGACUCCUCAGUGCCUGUGUUG